CAAAAAUUAUCUAAAGAUCCGACUUUCCCCGUAUACGACGUAUUUGUACCAAAUGUCUAACUGAUAACGUUAUAUUCUUUGUCACAACGUUGUGCAGUGAAAUGACCAAAUAACUAGGUAUCGAUAAGAAUUAUCUAGCGCGAUAAGUUUUCAUACUUAUCGCACAGUACCUGAGGUGCAGUCGCGACAAAAUGCUCGUCCACUUGUUAAUACUCGCUUUAAUAAUACAAAUUAACUGUUCGUCGAUAUGUGACAGUGACGCCUGCAUAUGCAAACGAUAUGAAAGUGAACUAGAGUUCGAGGGUGAACGGAUCGUGUGCUCGCAUAAACACUGGAAUAUCUUACAAAGUAAUUACUCCCUACCUGAUAUAUCGCACUCAUUAGAUUUAUCAUUUAUUAACAUAUCUAUAGUACACUCAUCUACGCUAUUCAAAUCCAACACACUGCUGGAACUAAUUCUGAACGAUAAUGGAAUCACUAAGAUCGAUGCCGACAGCUUCCAGCUGCCAGAACUAAAGAGAUUAGAUUUAAGUAACAACCUACUUGAGUUUAUAGACAAAGAAACGUUUAGAGGCGUCAAGAAGUUAGACUAUUUAAAUCUGGCAAAUAAUAGAUUUACUUCAUUCACCAAAUUGAUGUUCCAUCCUUUGAGCAGUUUGAAUGAAAUCGUUUUGGACAAUAACAAUUUGGGUCCUGCUUUGAGGGUGUCUAAUUUGUUCGAUAGAUCUGGUUUCGGGCUUACAGACAAGAUACAGAAUAUCAGCAUGAGGGGAAUCAACCUUGGGAACGUACCAGACAAUUUCUUCGUAGACGCUUACGAUUUAAGAAAACUUAUAAUAUCGAACAACAGCAUAACUGAAAUGUUUGAGAUCCCGUACACAUUAGAGUAUCUGGACCUGUCAGAUAAUCCAAUAACCGCCAUAUUUAGUGAAGAUCUAACUGACCUCGUGGCUUUAAAGGUGUUGAAGCUUAACAAUUUGCAAAUCAAAACAAUCCCUGAGGCCACGUUCAAGUACUUACCAGCUCUGAAAGUCCUGGAACUCGAAAGAAACAAGAAUUUGACGUCGUUCAGUAAACUAGCUUUCGGAAGAGAAGUUUUGGCUGACGCAGAUAAUUUUGAACUGGAACGACUUUCGCUGAAAGGAUCAAGAUUGUCGAAGUUGAACGAAGCGUUAUCUAUGCCGUUUGGAGUGCUGCUUGAGCUGGACUUGCAAGGCAAUCCUUGGAAAUGCGACUGCGAGUUGGUCUGGAUCAAGAAAUUGCAAAUAUCACCGGAAUAUUACGAGCAUUUGAGAUGCGGUACCCCAUUAUACUUAUACAACGCCCGCAUAUUCGACCUGAAAGCCAAAAACUUCAGCUGCAAAGAAAGCCACAUCGGUUUGACUAUAGCAGUCGUCACCUUCUGCGCAAUGCUGGCUUUCAUAGCCAUGUGGAUGUUUAUCUGCCUUCCAAAGCGGCAAUCUAGGUGUAACUUCCUGAAAAAUAUGUAUAAUCCUUCUACUGCUUAUAGUGUGCUCCCUAUGGCUGCUAGCUUUCAGAGUGAAAGCAAUAGAUAGACCAUUGAAAGGGAAAUUUAUUUUCAUGGUAGUUGCAAUUUGAGCUUUAUGACAGCGGUGUAGAAGCUAUAUUACAUGUGAUAUUGAGAGCAAAGAAAGGACCUAUAUAGUUGG